AUGGGUGCUUUUGGCAGCUCGCGACAUAAAGGUACCGAUCGCCGUUGUCAUGGCUCGGACGGCACUUCACGGCUUUCGAACACCAAGCGAGCCGUAAUCUUCACGAUGUUGGUCACUCUUGCUGCACUCAGCGCCUUUGCCGUGACAGGCACCGUUGCCAGCCCGCAAUUCUGGGGCGGGCAUAGGCCUCCAUUCUGGGGCUCUGGACCCGAACCUUCCGGCUUCUGGGGCUCGCCUUUCUGGGGCUCGCCCUUCGGCCAUGGCCCGGAGUGGGCACAAGGUGCAUCUUCGUCUGUCGCCUCUACGACCUCGGGAACAUCCUCCGCCUCGUCUUCUUUGGUAGUCGCAACGUCGUCUAGGACCUCCUCUGCUUCGGUUUCUGCGGCAACAGCAACUACAUCAAGAGCGUCCUCCGCCUCUUCUUCCUUGGUGACGGGAACUUCAUCGAAAGCGUCCUCUGCUUCGGCGGCGACUCCAAUUUCAUCAAGAGCCUCUUCCACUGCCUCUUCCGUGGUGAUGAUAUCGACGUCGAGAGCCGCUUCUGCAACGAGUUCUUCGGCAGUCGCAUCAUCGCCGAGAGCGUCCUCCGCAUCCUCUUCUUCGGCAGUCGCAUCUUCGUCCAGAGGGUCAUCCGCAUUGUCUUCUUCAGCGGUCACAUCGUCCUCGAGAGCGUCCUCUGCUUCGCCAUCCUCGGUAGCCCCGUCGUCGUCGUUGAGAACAUCCUCCUUUGCAUCUUCCUUGGCUGUCCCGACACCCUCCGGCACUCCAGGCGUCGGCUCUACGCUUUGCGAUACCAUCGGAUCCGGCUAUCAAUGCCAGAACAACAUCUCCCAUUUCUGGGGACAGUACAGCCCGUAUUUCAGCGUGGCGUCUAACAUCAGCGAUCAGCUUCCAAGUGGCUGCAGCAUCACUUUCGCUCAGAUGUUGUCGCGUCAUGGUGCCCGUGACCCCAUCGCCUCGAAGACGACGUCGUACAACAACACCAUCAACAAGAUCCAUGCUAAUGUCAAAAACUACACUGCCGCUUACGCCUUCAUCGCCAAUUACUCGUACACCUUAGGUGCUGAUCAGCUCACCAUAUUCGGCCAACAGGAGCUCAUCAAUUCCGGCAUUAAGUACUUUGACCGGUACGCGACACUCACUAGCCGGUUGAGCCCGUUUGUCCGCUCCGCUGGAGAGGCGCGCGUUGUCGAAAGUGCACAAAACUGGACGCAGGGCUUUGACUCCGCUAAGCUGGCUGCUGGGCUGAGCGACCCGACCUACCCGUACCCAAUCGUUGUCAUUCCGGAAGAUGCCGGCGUGAACAAUACCCUGAACCAUGACCUUUGCAAUGCUUUCGAAAACGGCCCCGACAACAGCAUUGCAAGCAGUGCCCAAUCCAAGUGGACAGCCGUCUUCAUUCCGCCCAUCCAGGCCCGUCUCAAUGCUGGCAUGCCCGGUGCGAAUCUUACCACGACUGACACUAUCAACAUGAUGGAUCUCUGCCCAUUCAACACUGUUGCAUCCUUGACCGGAGCCAUCUCGCCAUUUUGCUCUCUGUUCACGGAGGCUGAGUGGCACCAGUACAACUAUUACGAGACCCUCAACAAGUACUACGGUUACAGCUAUGGCAAUCCCCUGGGACCUACUCAGGGUGUUGGCUUCGGCAACGAACUCAUUGCACGCAUGACGAACCAACCCGUCCAUGACAUGAGCAGCACCAACACUACUCUUGACAACAACUCUACAACCUUCCCCCUUGGCCGACAACUUUACGCAGACUUCUCGCACGACAACGACAUGACCGCCAUCUUCUCCGCGCUAGGCCUCUACAAUGGCACCGGGCCUCUCUCAAACACCACCGUCGUCGAAGCUGAGCAAGCCAACUACUACAGCGCAGCCUACACCGUGCCUUUCGCUGCCCGAGCGUACUUUGAGAAGAUGCAGUGCACCGGACAGUCUGAGGAGCUCGUACGCGUCAUUGUCAACGAUCGUGUCCUUCCUCUCACGCAGUGCGGUGGUGACAACCUCGGUCGUUGCACCCUCAGCAAGUUCGUUGGCAGCCUUGGCUUUGUACAGUCGAAUGGUCUCUGGAACCAGUGCUUUGUCGGCAAUUAUUCCUCGUAA